AUGCAGCCAUGGAUCGCGCGAGGCCUCAUCGCCAUCCUCUUGGAAAACCCCGACGCGCCCUGGCGAGCUGCCCUUGAAAGGCUCAUCGCCAAUGACCCAAACCCCGCCCCGGCCCGCCCAAAGCUAGAGUUGUGUCGGCAUUGGUGGCUUUGGUUACCGCCGAGUACUGGCACCGUCUUUGGAUUAUUCAAGAGGGAAAUCCUGCUCCACAAGAUCCUCUGCAGCUACGCUUAUCCGAACGGUAUCCCGCAUUAUUCCGUCACAGACCCCCGUGACGUGGCCUUUGGCCUGUUGGGCGUCGCUUCCGAUGGGCAGAAGCUGGGGCUCCCAGUGGACUACAGCAGGCCACUCCCCAUCAAUCCCCUUGCUGGGUUCAACGCGUGCCCCGAUAAGCAGCCGUUUGCGCCGUGGACGGAUCCCAACGGGCCCCAAGGUGGCAGGUAUGAUCGUGUCGCCCGGCGGCUGGGAUGCCGCAUCGAUGUCAUCACCGACAUGAUGCGCAUUCCCGAGUGGGCCGAACUACUACCGGACGGAUCCAAGGAUGUGGACUCGGGUAAGCUGAUACCUCAAAUUAUCGACUACGUGGGGCUCCAGCCGCUGGGCGAUGGCAACCCUUCCUCGCCGGGCGAAGACUACGUGUGGCGCACCCUGCUCUGCGGCGUCUCGGUCGCGGGCGUGCGCGAGUCCCAGGAGGACGUGGUCCGAAAUUUUGAUGCCAUCGCGAGCCUUAUCCGGCGUGCCAUGCGCCUCGAGCCCAUGGACGCGAGGUUCCUGACCGAGGCGGAAGCCAGCUAUAUUGACCAAUACCGCCCGCUCGACAUGGAUCUUGCCAUUAGCGGGGCCGAGAUUCUCAGCCUCCCCGAUCGGUUGUUGGCUGUGCGCUGCCAGAUUACCAAGGAUGUGGCGGGCCAGUGCGGUGGCAGGACGCUGUUCCGUACGGAAAAGGGGAUGCUCGGCAUGUGCUACCCGCAGGCGCAGGUGGGGGACGUGGUAGUCCUGCUGUGGGGGUCGACACGCCGUCUCCGAGCAACCAAGCCACUGGCGAUGAAUCUCAAGGCUGGGCUCGGCCACGACCAAGACGCCGACACCCACCACCGCCGCAACGACCACCACGACCGCGACGACGAGCACAAUGACGAGGCCUACCCCAUGCUGCGCCUGGCGGACGGCCAGGGCAACCACGACGACGACGAUGACGACGACGACGAUCGGUUCAGUCUAGAUUCCGAAGACCCGCUGCGCGCUCGACCUGGCGACGGGCUUCGUCGUCUCACGCGACCCCACCGUCCGGUCCUACGAAUUCGACGUCACACGGGGUCGGGCGCCCCCGAUGGUGUGGCCAAGAACUCGGUCGUGCUCGUGAAUGGUCGCUCGCCCGCGCCGCUCAUCGAGGCUAAUAUCGGCGACGUCGUGCGCGUCACGGUCCGCAAUUCGUUGCCCGUGGGCGAGACCACGUCGGUGCACUGGCACGGCAUCGAUCAGCGGGACUCGAAUUGGAUGGAUGGCGUGCGUGGCGUCACGCAGUGCGGCGUGCCGUCGGGCGAGAGCUUCACGUACGAGUUUAAUGUGACGGGGCAGAGGGGCACGUACUGGUAUCAUUCGCAUGUGUCGAUGCAGUAUACGGAUGGGUUUUAUGGGCCUUUGAUUAUACAUGACCCUGAUGAAGAGAUCCCGGCGGUGGACGAUGACAAGAUUAUCAUGUUUGGCGACUUGUUCCAUGAGAAUGCUGAAAAGCUCAGCGCAUUAUACCUUGGGCCUGAACACCCUUGGGCCCCCAUGAUGCCCGGCAUGGAGCCCCCGCCCGACAACCUCAUCAUGAAUGGCGUCCACCGUUGCGCCGGUGGCUCCAUACACACCACCCGCGUCCGCAGCGGCGCCAACGUGCGCCUCCGGUUCAUCAGCCACAGCACCUCGACCCCCUUUUGGCUCACCGUCGACAACCACACCCUCGCCAUCGUCGAGAUCGACGGCACCGAGAUCGAGCCUCUCCCCACCACCCGCGUCUUCGUCAACCCGGGCCAGCGCUACUCCGUCCUUCUCGCCGCCAACCAGACGGUCGGCAACUACCUUAUCCGCGCCUCCGCCGCCAUGUCGUGCUUUCACCUCAUGCGCGGUGGCGCCGACGCCCUGCAGAGCGUCGGGAAUGAGGCCGUCGGCCUCCUCUCCUACGAUGACGUUGAUCCCGACGCGCCCCUCGCGGGCACGCCGUGGAAACUUACCGCCGAGUCUAACGAGGGCUUUGGUCGCGAGCCGUGGGUGGGGCCGUGCGAUGACCUGCCAUUUGACUUGGCGAAACCGGUGCGCAAGGAGAAGGCGUAUGAGGUGGGCGAGCAGAAUCAUCACACGGCCUGGUUUGAGAGGCGGAACGUCAACGGCCGCAUCAGCACUGUCGUCAACGAGACGGCGUACAAACUACUUGAAGACGAUGCUGCCCUGUGGAGGAUCGUUGACCAGCACGACAGCGGCACCUCCGAUUCCAAGGUUGGCGUGAGCCCGCCUCGGCGCCACGGCCCGGCCGAGCUCGGCCAGCUUGUGCUUGUGUCGCAGGACGCGGGUGGUCAAAAAUUCCAAAUCGUCGGCUGGGGCGACGGCGAGUUCGGCCAGUCCAAGACGACGUGGAACCUGGACAACCCGCUGCGUCGGGACACCCUCACCAUUGGCGGGUACGCGCACGUCGUGUUGCGCAGGGCAUGGCCUUGUCUCUUGCCCAGAGGUUACCCGAGCUCGGGGAGCAGCUGA